AUGAAAUUGAGAGGCAUAUUAAAGCAGGCUAUCAAUGAAGCAAAUGCUGCUGCGGACUUAGCUAGAUGUGAAAAUUCUCAACUCAAAGAUUGUCCGGCUAUAAAGGGAGAAACAGCAGUCAUGCAAAACUUCUAUUACCAAGAAGCUCUACUAGCUUUCCGAAAUCUUGUUACAAGUCCCUCUUCUUUUCUAGCCAAUAAUUGGACCAACAGUAAUUAUUGCUCUUGGUUUGGUGUCACUUUCAGUACAAAAAGACAAAGGGUUGUUGCCUUGACUCUUCUUAAUUUGCAUCUUCAAGGCACAAUUUCCCCAUCUUUAGCUAAUUUGUCCUUUCUUAGAGAGCUCAAUCUUAGGAACAAAUUCUUUCAUGGCAGCAUUCCUUAUGGCCUUGGCAACUUGCCCCGCUUGCGAGUGAUUGAUAUUCAGAACAAUCAACUCCAAGGAAGUAUUCCAUCAAGUCCAUUUCAACACCAGAGAGUUCAAGUAAUUUCAUUUUCUCUCAAUAAACUCGGUGGGGAAAUGUGGAAAGGGCCAUGGUAUGUACCCGAACUCAAAGUCUUAAAUCUCAAGAACAAUAGCCUCGCAGAAAUGGGGGCACAUAUCGGUGAUUUUGGCAUCUCUAAAAUUUUAGCUGUAAGCAAGUCCAUGGCACACACCGCGACAUUGGGCACUCUUGGUUACCUUGCACCAGAAUAUGGCUCGGAGGGAAUAGUGCCCACUAGUGGUGAUGUUUAUAGUUAUGGAAUAAUGUUGAUGGAGGUUUUGGCCAAAAGAAGGCCAACGGAUGAAGAGAUAUGCAAUGAAAAUCUUAAGGAAAUGGAUAAUGCGAUCAUUUCCAGGGACUAUGAUGGACGUUGUGGAUGCCAAUCUUUUUUAUGAGGAAGAAUAAUUCACUUCUAAAAGUGAAAUCUGCAUAGCCUCCAUGAUAGAAUUGGCUUUAAACUGCACAAAGGAAACACCAGAAUCAAGCAUAACCAUAAAAGAUGUAUUCAAGAAGCUUAACAAAAUUAAGAACACAUUUUUGGGAACGUAGAAGUUAGCAUCUCUUUAGGUGGUGUGCUUUCUGAGCUGAAAGUUAAUAUAUUGCUUUUUGUUUACCUACCUAGUCUUUUUAAUAAAGUCACCCCAACUACUUGGGAGUCAUGUAAUGUAUGUAUUUCUGAGUGUUGUAUUUUCAUAUUGUAAUUGUGUUUUUUAGUAAUUACGGUUUGAAUGCCCGAAUAUUAAAACAGAAGGAAAUCAAGAUAUAUUAUGAAUGUGUUUAGCUGCAGCCUGCAUCGUUGUGCUUUCUCUUUGCAAGCUUGAAACUAUCUGUUCCACUACUUUACGCCUCUCCUCCAUAUUUUUUAUUCACUAGCUUCUUCCUUUAUAUUCAAUAAUUGAAUAAAUAUUUUAACGAGUUUAGACCUCUAAGUUUAUAUGAUCGACACAAUAGAAAUAUGUUAAC